AUGUUCUCCAUGCUCUUUGUAAUACUGGCUCUGGCACUACCAGUGCCCGCCAUAUCAUCCUGCAACAGCACAUGCACACCCGAGACAAUUCAGACACGUGUUGAGUGGGCGAAUAUGGCAGACACUGAUAAACACUCCUACCUAAAGGCAGUGAAUUGUCUUAUGAAGCUACCUGCUCAGACAGGUAUAAAUGGUACGGUCACAAGGUUUGACGAUAUGCAUGCAAUGCAUCAGGUGCAGACGAAAGAAAUCCAUAUUGUAUUUCUGCCAUUCCACCGUCUCUAUGUAUUUGUGUAUGAGCAGCUCUUGCGAGAGGAGUGCGGCUAUAAGGGGCCAACACCUUGGUGGGAUGAAACCCGAGACGCAGGCAAUUUCAUGGACUCGCCGCUCCUUGAUCCUGAUACAGGAUUUGGUGGGAACGGGACUGGUCCAGAUGGAUGUGUUACUGAUGGUCCUUUCGCAAAUACCACUCUUCACAUUGGUCCGGGCCAAACUCUGACUGAACAUUGCUUAUCCCGCUCAGUUGAGGAGACGAAUAGCACCCUCGCCAACGAAACCUAUGUUGAGCACUGCCACAAUUUAAGCACCUACCUCGAUUUUUGGGAGGAGACCGGUUUGACAACCCACGGUGCUGGUCAUAGUGGAAUUGGCGGAGUCAUGCAGGAUAUCGAUGCAAGCCCCGGAGACCCUGACAAUCGCGUAUAUCAACUGGGCGGCCCUUCCUCGCAGGGGCCGUGCGAAGGAGGAUGCCAAGAGACGACUCUGGACUACGUAAUGACCACCUAUGAAAUUCGCCCGAACGUUACUGUAGGAGAUGUCAUGGACAUUCAGGGCGGAUAUCUCUGCUACAAAUAUGACUACUAG